UGAGAAUUAUAAUCACGUUUAUUGUUUUUAAAUACACGUUAUAAAGUCAAAUGAAGUAAUAUACUGUUAAUUUUGUUUCUUCGGUAACAGUUUUUGUGUGGUACGGGAUUUUUGAACUUUAUCAGACUCAUCUUGGGUGUGACAUAGGUAAUACUUCAUAUCCGCAGAAAGCACAGUGCAUCGAAAAGAUCCAGUGCAGACUUUAGACGCGGCAAGAUGAAAGGACUUUUGUUUUUUUUGGCUUUGGCAGCAGUUUUUGCAAGUGGCUAUGCUGGGGAGUACACAGCUGCUGUGGUGGAGUUUCAGCCAGCUAAAUCAGCAACUCCAAGUCAGACCAUAGAAGAUAACGUUCACGAAUAUACUGUAUUCAUAGAAAACGCAAAGAGAGAAGCUGCACAGAUAAUAGUUUUUCCUGAAUAUGGCCUGACAGGGAUGGUACAAGAUCAACCAGAGAGGUAUGCUGUUGAAAUACCUGACGUAGGUUCAGGACCAACAUACAGUGACCUUAAUUUGCAAAGAUUAGCCAACGCAGCUAGAGAACACGGAAUGUAUGUUGUUGUUAACAUACUGGAAAAAGCAAAUGAUACAGCUAACAAAACGAUUUACUAUAAUACAAACUUUGUUUUGAACAACCAUGGAAAAAUUCUUGCUAAGUAAGUCCUAGAUUUAAAUAAUUUUUGCUAAGCAAACUACAGAAUCUCAUUUUCUCGUAGUGGGCCUGUCUUGUACGAUUUCUUUCGCCUCCUUUGGGCGUUCAUUUGACUGACGGGUCUGCAUUAUCAGCGUAUGGGACGUCUGUUCAUGUAUGCCAAUUAGUAGCGCCAAUUCACGGUUUGGGGGAGGGUUGCCAGCGAUUGUGGAUGCGUCCCACUAGGGCUCUCAGUUGACAGGCCCUUCUAUUUUCCAAACAGUUUGGGAAAGCGAGAAAAUUUUGCUUCACCAGAGUUUUGUCGAAGAUACUGGGACGGAGAGCCAAAAAGUGGGUCACGUUACCUACACCGUGCUGAGCAUAAAUCAACACUGUAUGCAGUUGAUCAUGGUUACAGAGACGGAAAGCAAACAGUUUCAGUACCGUAAAAUCAACUUGUUCCUAGAGCCUCUGUUGACACCAGGUGCUCAGGACCAGAAGAACACAUUUCAGACUGACUUUAAUGAGAAGUUUGGCAUGUUCAUAUGCUUCGACAUACUCUUUUACUACCCAUCGAGAAGUACUAUUGCAUCGGGUGAAAUCAAAAAUGUUAUUUUCACUACUGCCUGGUUCUCCACUGUUGCCAUUCUACAACCUUUAAAUGUGCAACAUGGUUACGCAGUGGCCAAUAGAGUCAACCUUUUGGCGUCAAAUAUGAACAACGUCACUGCUGGAAACGGCGGAAGUGGCAUCUAUGGUAGUAAUGGAGCAGUGCUGAGCUACUAUAUUUCUGGAUUAGGCAGCAGUAGAUUGCUGAUCUCCAAAGUGGGAUCUAAUGUCCAACAAUCAUUCAGAACCCAAGGACUGAAAGGGUUUAAUACCUUCAAUGGCAAAACUGAGUUAGAUUCUUACAUUACCCAAGAAAGAUUUGACUCUAACCGUUUUACAAUUAGAAAAAUUGAACUAUCUACAGGGGUUGAAACAGUAGAAAAAGUUUGUCAAAAGAAAUUCUGUUGUGAGUUCAACAUCAAUGCUGUUGUGCCGACGAUUGAAGAAGUUUAUCAGUUAGUAGCAUAUGAUGGUGAAGAUUCCAAAGAAUCAAAAAUUAGAGGACGAAUAAGGAUCUGUGCUCUUAUGGUUUGUGACUCUCGAGGAGAAAGUUGUGCUUCCAGAAGUAUUUUGAGUACCACAAAGUUCCUGAACAUAUCAGUACACACCGAAGCCAAAAAUGAAAAGGAACAUUUUUAUCAACCUGUCACUUUGAGGACUAAAUUGACUCCAUUGGAGCCCCUGACACAGGAAGAAUCCAUCAACGAGGACAUAAGGACCAUAAAUGUGUUCACCAAGAACAAUACAGACAUCAUACUUUUUGGACUAUAUGGACGAAGCAGUGGUUCUACCAUAUUCAUCAGUUCUACGCUUCUGGUCUUUGUAGUUGUCUUUAGGACAUUGUUCUAAUAAAUAAUAAAGCAAUUAGCGAUAUGAAUAAUUGAAGUAUCCACUGCCACACGUAUUGAGGAAUUGUAAGGAAUAUUUGUUUUCUGUUGUCGUAUUUUCACUGUCUUUUUCGGUAAAGUAGGACUUAUACUAAGCAGUGGUCUGGGAUUAUUUUGCUUAUGUUGUAUAUUGUAUAAAAUGUAUAAAUAAAGUGUAAUAAUACUGUUGAUAGGUACAUGUCGGGAAGUCUAUAGUUCUUUUUGCUCUCUUAGUCUUAAUAUCUAUUUGUUCAAAAUUUUUGCAUCAACAGAGCAACGGUCUUAUUAUUAUAUGCAUUAAAAGACUGUCUCUGA